AGCUGUUGACCUGUCGGCUCUGCAGCAAUCAGCGUACAGUAGUCUGUUGGAGAGGGCAGAUACGGAGACGAUGACUGCACCGUGCUGCUCGGUUUAUUGGGACCGCCUGCAAUGAUCUUGGCACAAACUGUCAGACUUCAGCAUAUGACCACAUCUCCAGCCUGCUGCAGAAAUGCCUGGAGGCCUAUACCAGGUGACAACCAGGCGCCACCACAGUGUCUACAGCCUGACAGACAGCUCUGAGGUCGGCCCAGAUGAUGACAUCGACGCCCCGCUGCGCCUCACCCCCCUGCAGAAGCUCACCACCGACAUGUGCAAGGAUGAGAAGACCAUCAAGGACUUGAUGAUAGGCCGCAGGGUGGGCUUCUACAAGGUCCGCGGGGAGAUCGGCUCUGGGACCUUCUCGAGAGUCAAACUGGCUUUCCAUGCUCUGACUAAAGACAAAGUGGCCCUGAAGAUACUGGACAAGACCAGGUUGGACAGUCACGCCCAGCGUCUGCUCUCCAGAGAGAUCAGCAACAUGGAGUGCCUGCAGCACCCAAACGUGGUGUGUCUGUACGAGGUGGUGGACACGCCGAGCCGCCUCUACCUGGUGCUGGAGUACGCAGGAGGAGGAGACCUCCACAACAGGAUCUGCACCGAGGGGAAACUGUCAGACAACACCAGCAAGAUCACCUUCGCCCAGAUCCUGUCUGCCAUCAAAUAUAUGCACAACCUCAACAUCAUCCACCGAGACCUGAAGGCCGAGAAUGUCCUGUUCACCAGCAGCGGCAGUGUGAAGGUGGCAGAUUUUGGAUUCAGCACGCGGAUUUCAAACCGCAACCUCGCUCUCGACACCUUCUGCGGCUCGCCACCCUACGCCGCCCCGGAGCUCUUCAGGGAUGAGUGCUACAUCGGGCCCCCAGUGGACGUGUGGGCCAUGGGGGUCCUGCUCUUCUUCAUGGUGACCGGCACCAUGCCGUUUCGCGCCGAGACCAUGGGGAAGCUGCGGCGCUGCAUCAUCGAAGGCAUCUACACCAUCCCUCCCUGGGUGCCAGGCCCCUGCCAGAGGCUCAUCAAGGGCAUCCUGAAGGGGGUCGCCGCCGAGCGCUACGCCGUCGACCAGAUGCUCGGCUGCGAUUGGCUCCUACCUGUGGAGUUCCCCUGGUCGUUGGUGCCUCCCGAGCCAACGAGCUCUCUGCAGAACCUGCUGGAUUCGGAGCGCAGAGACCUGGAGGAGCAGGUCGAGGAGGAGGUCAGGAGCUCGAUGGAGGAGCUCGGCUUCACCCGGGAGCACCUGAACAACAACCAGAUCAAAGACAGUCGCAACCCGGUCACCGGGGUUUAUCGGAUCCUGCUGCACCGAGCCCAGAAAAGGAGGGGCUGCGACAGUCCCCCAGUCGUCAGGGGGAUGGUGAGGGACCCCAAGAGGGAGGGGCUUCGAGCCUACAGGGGCCUCAGACACACAUCCAAAUUAUGCGUGCUCUCAUAACAGACUGGUAGGGAUGCUUCAGAACAGUUUUUAUACUUCUUCUUUUAUACAAACAUGAAAUUAGAAGCUAUAGUGAUUUUUUUUUUUUUUUUUUUUACAUUAUGGGACGGUGACUUGUAGUUUUUGAUAAAUGUGUUUCAUUUGCUCCAAUGCAGCUUUAUGGGAUAGCCUAAAGUAUGAGUUAAAGUGCCUGGUGAAAUUAAACAGAAUUAUAUCUAACUAAA